GGCGAGAUCCGAGCAAGGAUACUGCGGGUUCAUGCAAUGCAAUGCGAUGCUACAUCUCCAUAAUUCUGCUAGUUGCAUCGAUAUAACUUUGUAGUAUGCCAGCUAUGUUGCAUUUGAUCAAUAUAUAUGUACGUAUACGUGAGCGGACUAUGUGAACGUCUGUCAGGAUAGCUGAAGGGAAAUCGUGCGAGUAUGAUGACUUGUGUCUUUAGUAUGAUUCUCACCGUCAGCUUGCGAUCUCAGCUCUUUGUUGCCCUUACCUUCUCCUUCUCUUUCAUUCGUAAGCCCCAUUCAGCUGCAGCUCUCUGCAUAGCAAUGAACAUGGACUAUCAUGGUAGCCAUGGUCACACCGACGCUACUAGCUUCCCAAUGGACUGGGAGGUGUUGCUGGACUCGCGCAUCCGUGUGAGCACAUUAUGGCGAUCCAUGUGCCAGGUUGUUCUAGUUCAGCCACGGACUGCGCUAUUGCCACUUGCACAUAAGCUGAACUACCAUCCGCAUUGGUAUGGCAAAGUACGGAGUAUGUACGGAGUCAGAUACCAGUAGGAAAGCAACAUCAUGCAGUACACCGGCAUAGGCUUUACGGCGCAGUCACUCCGACUCUUUGAGUCCAUGAUAGCACCAAAGACGCAAAGCGUUGCAGACUUUCCCUCUCUCAAUCCUCCGUAGCAAUUUCGCCAAGCAGACUGAGUUGUGACAUAAGACCCUUUCGGAGGAUUUGUCUGUGGAAAAGGAAAAGGAUCAGCAUCUCUCCGGGUCGAGUCCAUCGCGUAGUACAAUCUAAUAGUCUGUAUCACACCAAACUGAAGUAAUCUGUCCUUCUGGACUCACAGUAGACAUUCCGUUGACAUUAGGGACGGUGAAUUUUCC